CCCAGCAGUGUCACAGAGCAGAUAGGCACUGAUCACCAGGGCACUGAUGAUUAGUGCCCUAAAGAUCAGUGCCCUGCAGUGCCGCCCAGCAGUGCCACCCACCAGUGCCCAGCAGUGCCACCCAUCAGUGCCCCCCAGCAGUGCCACCCAUCAGUGCUGCCCAGCAGUGCCACCCAUCAGUGCCGCCCAGCCGUGCUGCCAGGCAGGGCUUUCAGUCAGUGCCGUUAGCCAGCACUGCCCGUCAGUGUCGCCCAUCAGUGCCGCCUAUCAGUGACCAUCAUUGCUGCAUAUCAG